AUUACCUCCCCUCCUCCUCCUGGACUGGGUCUCUUUUGAUUCGAUUUUAGACUAGACUGCUGAAUUUAAUCACAAGCAAGCUGAAAAGUGAAAAGAGUAAACGAAAAUGGGAAUGGCUUCGUCUACCAAAAAAGAUACGCCAAGUUCUGUUAAAAGAGUUGCUGUUAUUGGUGCUGGUGUCAGUGGGCUUGCUGCAGCCUAUAAAUUGAAGUCAAAUGGUUUUGACGUUACAGUAUUUGAAGCUGAGGCAAGAGCUGGUGGGAAGUUGAGGAGUAUUUCGCAUAAUGGUUUGAUAUGGGAUGAAGGAGCCAAUUCAAUGACUGAGAGUGAAGUUGAGGUACAAGAUCUGCUUGAUAAUCUUGGACUAAGAGAUAAGCAACAAUUUCCAAUUUCACAGAGCAAACGAUAUGUUGUAAGAAAUGGGCAACCGGUGUUGAUACCUACAAACCCAAUUGCUCUGAUUACGAGCAACAUUCUUUCUUCACGCUCAAAGUUUCAGAUAUUUCUGGAGCCAUUUACGUGGAAGAAGAGAAAUUCAAAAAUAGCAGAUGAUGAUACCCAAGAAAGUGUGGGUGGAUUCUUUCAGCGUCACUUUGGGAAAGAGGUUGUUGAUUAUCUCAUUGACCCUUUUGUCGGGGGCACAAGUGCGGCAGACCCUGAAUCUCUAUCUAUGCAGCAUUCGUUUCCAGAACUAUGGACUUUAGAGAAUAGGUUUGGUUCAAUUGUUGGAGGGUUGAUUCAAUCAAAGUUAUUUUCCAGAAAGGAGAAAAGUGGAGGAACAAAGGGUUCUCUGGAAAAAAAGAAGCGUCCACGUGGUUCAUUUUCCUUUCACGGUGGAAUGCAGACACUAGCUGACACAUUGUGCAAAGAGCUUGACAAAGAUGAGCUGAAACUGAGCUCAAAGAUUUUAUCAUUAUCUUAUGACCACAAUGUUAAGUCUCUGACAGGAAAUUGGACAGUUUCUUCUUCUGCUAAUCCUGACAAGAACUCCAAUGCUUUAUCAGUUGAUGCUGUAGUCAUGACGGCGCCGUUACGCAAUGUCAAAGAGAUGACGAUCACCAAAAGGGGAACCCUUUUCCCUCUCAAUUUUCUUCCUGAGAUGACUUAUUUGCCACUAACCGUUUUGAUAACCACCUUCAAGAAGGAGAAUGUUAAGAAGCCUCUUGAGGGAUUUGGUGUUCUUGUUCCUUCGGUGGAGCAGAAGAACGGUUUAAAAACUCUUGGUACUCUCUUUUCCUCUAUGCUUUUUCCUGAUCGUGCACCAAACGACUUGCAUCUUUAUACAACCUUUGUUGGGGGGACAAGAAACAAGGAAUUAGCAUUCGCGUCAACAGACGAGUUGAAGCAAGUUGUUACCGCUGACCUUAAACAGUUAUUAGGAGCUGAAGGAGAGCCGACGUUCAUAAAUCGUUUUACCUGGAAAAAUGCAUUUCCCUUGUACGGGCGUAACUAUCAUUUAGUUAUGGAAGCAAUCGAAACCAUGGAGAAAGAUCUUCCUGGAUUCUUCUACGCAGGAAAUCACAAAGGUGGACUCUCUGUUGGCAAGGCAAUAGCCUCUGGAUGCAAGGCGGCAGAUAUGGUCAUCUCCUAUUUGGAUUCUUCUCCAGACCAAAACAGAAUAGACAUGGAAAACAAAAAGGAGUAAAAAAUAGUCACUCUGCCCAAAUUACAUGACAUAGAGAUGUAAAAUACUGUGGUAAGCUGCUAGGCAAGAUAUAUAGUCCAAAAGUCUCUUGCUACUUAUCUAUUAACAUCUAUUUAUGAAUUAUGUGUAGUGUAGUAAAUAUAUACAUGAUGCGCAAUCAAAUAUAUUUAGGAGAAAUUACAAUUUCUUUAUACCUAAAUUAUCACACAUGUCUAGCUUUCUCCCUGAUUUUUUUUUUAAUGAAUUAUGACUAUUUUGGUAAAUAUGGUCAAUUUGUUA